AUGCAAGAGGGUAAUAUGGAUAAGGAGAGAGAUAUAGCAGAUAGUAACAACCAGGUAGCUAGGGCACAAGUUGAUGUCCUCAAUAUCAAGGCACAUAAUAAUGUCCUAUCUGAUAGAAUAGAAGAGUUGGAUAGGCAGUUCACUGAGGCUGAAGAUGUGUGUAGAAGGUACGAUGAUGAAGUUAUGGUAAGGAUGAGGUUAAUAGAUAAAAAACAAUUGAUGCUAGAAAGAUUGAAUAAGGAAUAUGAUGAGAAACGUAGUAGUAUGGCUGAUAUGGUAGCAGAGGAGGCUGAGGUACUUGGACCAUUAGAGGCUAAGAUAAGGGCCAUAAGGUUAGAGAUAGAGGAAUGUAGAAGGAAAUGUAAAAGUAUGCAGAGGAAAUGGAUAAUGUCACAAAGUGACUUGAUGGGUAUAAAUGAUGAGGAAAGGCAGAUAAGGGAGAAGGAUGAUGUACUCCUUACUAAGAUAAUA